AUGCAACAACUGCCACCCGACGCUGCCUCCGUCGCACCCCAAAUCAGCGUGAACGGUGCCCAACUGCAAGUGGUGGACAACUUAACGUAUCUGGGCAGCAUCCUCUCCCGAAUCACCAAGAUCGACGAUGAGGUGGCCCGCCGGAUCUCCAAAGCCAGCCGAGCCUUCGGUCAUCUGCAAAGCACAGUCUCCACCUCAAUACCAAACUGA